AUGAUAGAUUAUGAUGGGCAAGCUACAACUCAAGCCUUGAUCCUCCUAGAUAAAAGUGAUAACCAAGACACAUACAUAGUAACUUUCAGAGGAACCGAAUUAUUUGACGCUGAUCAAUGGUCAUGUGAUUUGGAUAUCUCAUGGUUGGAGUUUUCCGGUGUUGGAAAAACUCAUGCUGGUUUCAUGAAAGCAUUAGGUUUACAGAAAAGCAACGUGGGAUGGCCUAAAGAAAUUGAAACAAAUGAUACUCAUGCACCUGAAGCCUAUUACUUCAUUAGAGAUUUCUUGAAGAAAAAGUUGAAAGAAAAUGAUAAAGCAAAGUUUAUUGUGACUGGUCAUAGUUUAGGUGGGGUUCUUGCUAUUCUCUUUCCUGCAAUAUUGAUAUUGCAUGAGGAGACAUUUCUUUUGGAGAGAGUUGAAGGUGUUUAUACAUUUGGACAACUAAGAGUUGGAGAUGGAGUAUUUGCUAAGUACAUGGAUAAGAAUUUAGUUAUUAUUAUUUUGUUAGUUAAGAUAACAAAAAAUACGCGUGCAUAUGCAUGGUAG